AUGGCCCAGCCCCUGUGCACGCCGCUCUCCGAGUCCUGGAUCCCGAGUCCAGCUGGUCCGCAUCCACCGAUGCCUUCCGAUGGGGACAGCGUCUGCUCCCCGGCCUGGUCCUCGGACUCGUGGGACGGUGCCCAGGCCAGCAGCCCUGCAGCACCCUGCGCCCGGCCGGCCCGGCGUGCUGGGACCCCCGGUAGGCGCGGGACGCACGGCAGCCGCCUGGGUAGCGGACAGCGGCAGAGCGCCAGCGAGCGCGAGAAGCUACGUAUGCGCACGCUCGCCCGCGCGCUGCACGAGCUGCGCCGCUUCCUGCCGCCGUCCGUGGCACCAACCGGCCAGAACCUGACCAAGAUCGAGACGCUGCGCUUGGCCAUCCGCUACAUCGGUCACCUGUCGGCCGUACUGGGCCUCAGCGAGGACAGCCUCCGGCGACAGCGGCCCGCAGUGUCACCUCGAGGCUGCCCUCUGUGCCCCGACAGCGGCCUGGCGCAGGCGCAGUCGCUCGGUCAGCGUUUAAGGCCGGCUGUCUGCAGUGGGAUGUCGUGGGGGUCCCCGCCUGCCUACCCUAGACCCCAAGUCGCCGCAGAAUCGUGGGACCCAUCGUUCCUGUACGCAGAAGCAGCAUCCCAGGAAAGGCAGGAGAUGGAGCCCUCGUCUCCGCUUUUCAGCAGCGACAUGCUGGCUCUGCUAGAAACCUGGACGCCGCAGGAGUGGCCGCCCGCCUGAAGAGUCGAAGGGACAAUGCAAUGGAUGACUGGCACCCUGUCUGAGCACAGACACUUUUCCUUUCAUCUUGGCACCUUCGGAGGGAAUAGUUCCUGGAAAAGGCACCGGUGAUAGCAACGUGGGCAUUCCCGGGUGGGAGCUGGUCCUCAUCCAGACUGUACCUCUCCAACCCUCCUUGGAAGGAGGGACCCAAUAGGGGACAUGCUCAAAGCUAAAGCAGGCACAAGCUCUGCCUGGUG